AUGAAGCUAGAUGAUGCAUUAUGGGCCUAUAGAACAGCUUUUAAAAUACCUAUUGGCAUGUCUACAUACCAAUUAGUGUUUGAAAAGGCAUGUCAUCUACCAGUGGAGCUUGAACAUAGAGCAUUUUGGGUUCUAAAGAUGUUGAACUUUGAUAAUCAAGCUACUGGAGAAAGAAGGUUGCUGCAGCUCAAUGAGUUAGAAGAAUUCAGAAUAAAGAAAUGGCAUGAUCAAAAGCUAGCAAGAAGAGAGUUUUGUAGAAGGUCAAGAGGUGCUGUUGUACAACUCAAGGUUCAAAUUUUUCCCAAGAAUGCUGAAAUCAAGAUGGUUUGGACCCUUCACAAUUAUUAA